AUUUUGGAAUGUUCUAAAAGGUUUCAGAAUAUUCUAAAAUGUUCUAAAAUGUCCUAUAAGGUUCAAGAAUAUUCUAAAAAGUUUUUAAAUGUUUUAGAAGGUUCUAGCAGGUUCCCGAAUAAUAUUUUAAAAUGUUCUAGAAGGUUCAUGAAUAUUCUAAAAAGUUUUAAAAUGUUUUAG